UAUAUUAUACAGCUCAAAUUGAGCGUUCAUUUUUUUUUAAUUGAUUUUUCUACAUUUUGUGGAUAAAACUUGUGGCAAAUAUGUGUAAAUAGAGUAAAAAAGUUUUACAAAGUUAUUAAUUUAUUAUACGUGUGUUUAAGGUUAUGUGCCGAAGUCAAGAGUAUUUUUGUGUUCUUUUUCACAAGUCAGCGGACGAUUGGCUGUUGCGCCGAGGGUGUCUGCAAAAUAGAGAGGGUACCAUUGGGGAGAUAAAGCCAUGUCAUCGUGCGUCGCUGGCUACGGUGGUGGCGACGAAGAACCGGCAGUGACGAAAAGCCGGCCGGUGACAUGCGAUCUGGAGUCGGAGCUGCCGGAUGGCACUGCCUUUCUCGUCACUCAAGUCGCCGGCCAUCCCUUCGAUGUGCAGAAAAAAAAGACAGGGAUGCUGCAGGGCCCGAACGGCCGGGUGUUGAAGCCCAUCGUGAAGCCGGUGCUGGGCGAGCGGGAGAUCGCCUUCUACGAGAACCUCCAGAUCUCCGGCAAUCCGACCGACAUGGAGAUACAACGGCACACGCCGCUCUAUCACGGCACCAAGGAGAUGCGCAUCUUCAAUAAACGAAUCAAGUUUCUAGAACUGGAAAACAUAACCGAAGGGAUGAUCGAGCCGUGCCUCAUAGACAUAAAAAUUGGGAGACGUACUUGGGAUCCGCUGGCGACGCCCGAAAAACGCAUCUCCGAGGAAGUCAAGUACGCCGAGUCCAAGGCUGCCUACGGGUUUUGUAUAACCGGCUUUCAGGUUUACCGGAUACCAUCCGGGAACCUCGAGAGGUUCGACAAAGUUUAUGGCAAAAAUCUCGACGCUACGAGUGUUGUCAAAGCUCUCGAGUUGUUUUUAAACGGCACAUCGACAAAACCCCCGUGCCGUGAGCUGGUGCUCCGGCUGCUCUCGAAUUUAUGGAAAAUCCAGUCCCUCUUCCGCGUGCAGAGGCGCUACCGGCUGUUCUCGAGCUCCCUGCUGAUAGCGUACGACGCGAAGUGCCUGCGCCAGCAGCUCGCGCUGCGCCAAUUGAACAACAGCUACGCCGAGUCCGUGCUGCGGGUGCCGUUCAACCGGUGCAAGAGCUUCUCGGGCGGCCGGAGCCUCAACUCGAUCAACCAAGUCGGCAAACUCGGCUCGCCGGCCGGCGUCAACUCGAGGCCCGAGUCGCCGAGAUUCGAGACGCUGAGGACGACUGGAGAGGAGUUGUCACCCGUGAGGCCCAGUUCCCCAAAGUCCGAGUCACCUACACGGAGCCCGAGGCUCAAUCGCGCCAUCGACAGGCUGCAGAGGCUCAAGCGGAGCAUUAGCUUGCAGAGCUGCGAGGUAUCGCCCGACAAGACGAUCAACACCGACUAUGGCAAGGAAACCCACUACAGUGAUUCGAAUAGUCCAAAAAAACGAUUUCCCGACGUACAAGUACCCAAACUCUGCCGAACGCACUCGUACUCGAACAACUUCGACGCGGACAUAAUAGAGAUGAAGGAGGACUACGCGAAUCUUCUUUCCGAGCUGAGCGCCAACAGCAAUGGCGAGGACAGGCAUGACUGGGCGAGGGUUUCUAUGAUCGAUUUCGCCCACGUUUUUCCAGCCGAGGACUCGGAGAUUGACGAAAAUUACCUCGAGGGCAUCGACAACCUCAUCAAGAUCUUCGAAGAAUUCAUCGCGUGAUCCUGCAAUGUUACAACACGCGACAAACGCAACAGCGAUUUUUUUUUGUCGUGGAUAUGUAUAUUUCAGCGGAAUAAAACUGGAAUUGUGGCGUUUUUUUCUCUGCGUUCUGCGGACACUUGUCAAUGUCACUCGGUACUGUUUUUAUAAUGCGAUGUAAGAUAUUCAUCACCCGAUGCAGAAGUCGAAUAUUCACAAUUAUUGAAAAUUUUCACGUUGAAAUCAAUGGGUUAAAUUUACAGUAAGUGAUUACGUUUUUUUUUUUUUUUUUUUUUUAUCAUUCCUGUGUUUUGUCGUUACGCGAAUCUUUCAAUUGACUCUGAAAUCUGUAAUUACGAAGGAAAUGUUACACGAUUCGUGAGUUUUUUAAUCCAUUGAAUUGAUCAAUGUCAAAAUGUGUGUUUAUUCGAAUAAUUGUACAUACGAAGUUCAUGGAAUUGUUAGUUUUCUAUUCGAAAAAAUUUGAUGAUAAAAUUUUUACAUAAAUUUUGUAAUCAUAGCUUGGAUGUAAAUAGAUACGACUGCUCGUAUAGUAGUAUUUAAAUUUACUAUUUGAAAGUAACAGACAUACAAUUUUCAAAGUUAAUUCAUGAAGACCAAACAAUUUUCCUUAGUUCUAGAAUUUUUAAGGAAUUCUUCAUGUUUGUUGCGCGAUAAGAAAUUAAAGCCAAUAUUUGAUCAAGUAGUGGUGCUGGGGUACGGAAACCUCAAUAUUAUAUGAGUAAAUAAUUUUUUUUCUUCCAGUAUCGGCGGUUCGGGCCAAUGAUAACGGACAAGAUCUAGAAAGACGUAAUAAGUAUACAUCGGAGUUAUGUAAUUUUGAAUUCUUGAAAUAGUCAAUCAAUAAGUUUACGGAUACUGUAUUGCCAAAUCAUUGAAUGACGUAUUUACGCACGCUGUUCUUUGAUAUUAGCUUAAAUCGUCAUACUUAUGUGUGUGUAAAUGUUUGUGUGUGUAAAAACUGCUAAACAUGGAUUGAAACAGUUACCAGUUUUCGUGUACCGUAAAUAUUGUUCGUAACCGUAAGUUAAAAUAUUUUCAAAGAGACUCAUAUGUCCAUUUGAAGAAAGUAGGUCAUCCCAG